AUGAGCAAAAACGAGGAAAAAGAGACAAAAAGAGGCAAGAAUGGCAAGAAAAACGGGAAGAAAGAGGCAAAAUCGGAAAAAAUGAGCAAGGAAACCGAGGAAAAAAUGGGCGAAAUUGAAGAAAAUCUGGAGAAGAUUCUGGAAAAAAUAGAAAUCGAGGAGAAGAAGACUCCUGAGCAACUCGAGGCCGCCCGUAUCGUAAAAGAGGCUAAAUUGGCGGCAAAAAAGGCUGAGGAGUACAAAAAGCUGGAUGAGCAAAUCGAGGAGCAUGUGAAAAUUUUCCAGGACCCGAAUGUCGAUUUUCAUGGCAAAAUGCAGCAGUUGAUUGAUAUUCCGGCGAAUAUUAAGCACGCUCUACUCGACAAAAAACGCUCAGAACGCCUAUUCUCAUCGAUCCCACUGGAGAUGUUCGAAACAGCUUUUGAUCCGGCUAAUGAGCGAUAUGCAACUUCCCGCCCAGUGCUAAUCCACGUCAUCAGCUUCAUCGUCCAAUGCACAGCGCCAGAAGUCCAUAAGAAAUUCAAGCCAGUCAUGGCGAACAUUGUGGCAUCAGUGGCGCCAAGGGACAACAAAGCGGAGAUGAAUACCGUAGUCUACAAUGAUAUGACGACGAUUGUUUGUACUUGGGCUGAUGAGAGAGGCGACGGAAAGUGCAUCUACGACCUGCUCCGACACCUGACCACACAUUUUAACGCUCAAAAAAUGAAUUUAGAGGUGGGACAGUUCUUGCUGUGUGUCAGAAUGCUCAUUCAGAAGGUCUACAUGAUUGCGCCUAUUGAGAGACCUGAGAGUUUCGACAAUCGUAUGUGGACCAUCGGAAUUCUGUCGAUCGUUCGACGUCUUCUACAAGAACGACCCGAGAAAUUCACGAAGGACCUCCGACAGCUUCUUUGGGAUGUGAUUUCGUCGAUGACACGUGUCGCCGGCAUCGGAUGGUUCAAUAUUGAUAAAUCGUUUGCGAAACUGGUGAUCCAGUUGAACCAUACGGAAAUGCAAUUGGCACUGAUCGAUGCUCACAAUCCCGAUAUCUUGCAGUUCAAUCGGAAUUUGAGGAUUCUGGAGAUGUACACGACGGCAAUCUGCGAAGGCGAUCUGUACGGCGACUCGGAGCAAUCAAUCAUUCCGCAUACUGUUGGCGAAUCGACGCGUUACAUUCUGAACUUCUGGACCGAGUGCUUCCUGCAAAAAAUCGAACUGCCCACCCAACUGGCCCUAUCGAUUUUCCACUUCGCCGUCUAUAUUUUCGUGCACGAGGAGCUCAAAAUCACAGAUGAUAAAGUUCGGAAGAACUUUGGAAAUUGCGCUCUAUCGACGGCUUUUACGAUUUUGGAACAGGCGACCGAGGCGGAUUUGAAGGGAGAGAUUGGGCAGUUGUUUAGUGACAUGCUGGAGCGCCUCGCGGAGUUUGAGAACCUCAACGACCAGGUUCCUAUAUUCCUGAUGCGAUUUUUGGAUAAAAUCCGAAUGGCCGAUGAUUACGAGACGUGGAAGGGGAAGGUGAUUGAUGUCGAAUGCUGCCUAAUGGACCUGCGUGGGCGUAUCGAUUGGUACAGUAAGAAGACGCUGAAGGAGGCCGACGGCUACCUGAGACGAUUCACCGAGCCCGAGAAGCACGAGCUCAACCAUCAUGUAUUCAAGAUAUUCAACGAGUUGCCACGUGUCAACUGA